GCUUCACUUUCCUGGGACGUGUGAGUGUGUGCGUGUGCAGUGAAAGUGAGCGGUCUGCCUCUCUCAUUCACUCCGGACUCAUCACAGUCCACGCACACAGCGACACUGACACUCUCAAAGCCUGUCUGUUCUUCACCGUUCCUGUUUCUCUUCCAACUGGAAAGAAGAAAUUCAGCCGUUUUUCUCUCCGUUUCACCUUUCCGCGGGCAUGCAUCAGCACGGCGGCGGGCACCGGGAGGGCUGUUGGAGUCGCGCGUGGAUAAAUGUUUGCAGAUGCACUUUAUAUUUAUUUCUACUAUUAAGCCUGGAGCAAAGCACCGUGCACUCAGCACAUGCAGAUGAAACGGACACUUUUGCAUUUUUCCACGAGGGAGCGCAGGGCUGCCUGGGGGUUCGAGAUCACAUGCUCUACCUCUCUUCGUCCUGCAAGGGUGAUGCCCAACUGUGGAAAUGGGUGACCAGGGGGCGGCUCUUCAACAUUGGCUCCUCCCUCUGCCUGGGCAUCACCACGGGCAACGUGAGCUCAUUUGGCGACAAGUCACCACUGGGCGUGUUUCGGUGCGACUACGAGCCUCCGCGAGUGCGCUGGACCUGGAGCUGCAGCAAGUUCUUGGAGAUACUUGAAAGUUACUUGCCUUCCCCUAAAUUACUCCUCAACACCGGCAAUGUCUCGGCCGCCGCCUCCCCGGCUGCAAAAUCUCCCUCCCAAAAGUCUCUGUGGCGAGUCUAUGACAGUCAAGACCUUUGCGCCAAGUCAUACCGAGAAAUCUACACUAUCCAAGGAAACUCUCACGGCAGCCCAUGUUACUUCCCCUUCCUGUACGAUGGCCAGUGGUUCCACAGCUGCACCAGUGUGGGCAGGGAAGAUGGCUUUCACUGGUGUGCCACUACCCAUGAUUAUGGAAAGGACCAGCGCUGGGGCUUCUGCCCAGUAAAGAGUACUGACUGUGAGACGUUUUGGGACAUAAACCCUUUGAUGGAUAACUGUUACCAGUUUAACUUUCAGGCCACGCUGUCCUGGAGUGAAGCACGGACCAGCUGCCAACAGCAGGGAGCCGACCUGCUCAGCAUCACUAAAGUAGAGGAACAAAUUUUUAUUAACGGUUUGCUAACUGGGUACAGUGCCACCCUGUGGAUGGGCCUAAAUGAUUUAGAUCUCAAAGGUGGCUGGCAGUGGGCUGACUCCGCCCCUCUCAAAUACCUAAACUGGGAAACAGAAAUGCCAAUCUAUGAUGAGGAGGAAAACUGUGGCGUGAUCAGCACCGAUGCUCAGGGUCGCUGGCACAACCGGGACUGUUCAGUGGCUCUGCCUUACAUUUGCAAGAAACGACCCAACGCCACACUCGACCCCUUCACCACAGACUCCUGGGCAGAUGAUGGGCGCUACCAGUGUGAUGUAGGCUGGCAAAACUUCCAGGCGGGCUGCUACAGGCUGAACUCAGACAACCUGGACUGGACCUCUGCCCACAAAAUGUGUCAAAAGAUGGAGGCUAAUCUUGUUAGCAUUCACACCCUCCCAGAGCUUGAAUUCAUCACAAAGCAUAUGAAGAAAGAUAUAGAGGAGUUAUGGAUUGGUCUACAUGAUACAGCUAUGCAGAUGAACUUUGAAUGGACGGAUCGCACUCCAGUCAUUUUCACGUACUGGCAUCCAUUUGAACCCAACAAUUUUCGAAAUGUUAAUGAGGACUGUGUCACUAUCUGGGGGCCUGAGGGCCGCUGGAACGAUAGCCCAUGUAAUUACUCGCUGCCCUCCAUCUGCAAGAAACCGGCUCAGAAGUCUGACGACCGGAUAGAGGAUCACGGCUGCAAACGGGGUUGGAGAUGGCACAGUCCUUCCUGUUUCAAGGUCGGAGAAGAGUCUCUAACCUUUAAUGAAGCAAAAGGAAUGUGCGCUAGCAACAAUGCCACACUCGUCAUUAUUAAUAACAGGUUUGAACAGGCCUUUGUGAGCAGCCUGGUAUUUGGACGAUCCGACGAUAAGUUCUGGCUAGGCCUGUAUAGUGAUAACAGCACAGGCACGUUCCGCUGGAUAACGGGAGAGGAGCUCACAUACACCAACUGGAACAGAGACGAGCCAGCACAGAUAAAGGGAGGUUGUGUGGUGAUGUUGGCGGGGCAGGCCAUGGGUCUGUGGAAGGUGAGGGACUGUGCCAAUGUUCGCUCCAAGUACAUUUGCAAACAGAAUCAGGACUCUCUCAUCCCCAGCCCCCCUGUUCCUCAGCCUACGCCCUCCCUAACAGGAUCAUGCCCAUCGGGAUGGAAAAGCACCAAUACGUUCCGCUACUGCUACAAGGUUUUUCAUGCAGGUGCACUGGAAAAGAGAUUGACUUGGAUUCAAGCUCACAAGUUCUGCCAGAAACAUGGAGCUCAGCUCGCCAGCUUCAGCACGCCAGAGGAAGAGGCCUAUGUCUUCCAGAUCCUCCACGAGGCCUUCGGGGAGGCAGAGGAUCAUGAGCAGCACUGGCUCUGGAUCGGAAUUUCCCGCAGGAGUAGUGACAGUUGGACAUGGAGUGAUGGAUCAGCUGUGUCCUAUCAGAACUUUGGCAGGGGGAAUUAUGGGUCUGCUGAGUGUGGAGCAGCUAACAUGGCUGACACCAAUUGGCUGGUAUCACACUGCGAGUCUGAACUAGACUGGAUCUGCAAAAUACCAAAGGGGAAGGUGGAAGAGGAACCUGAGAGCCAUGAAGACACUGGUUUAGAGUGGGUUGAUUUUGAGGAGGCCCAGUAUAAAAUGUUCGAACAUCGCUCCACAUGGGACCAAGCUCAGAGGAUCUGCUCUUGGUUUGAUGCCUCCCUGGUUUCCAUGCACUCUCCUAAGGAGAAUCAGUUUUUGGUUAGCACUUUACGCAAGAUGUCCCGCAAAGAAAAUGACCUGUGGUGGAUUGGUUUACACACUUUUAAGAACGAUGGGAGAUUAAGGUGGUCUGAUCAUUCGGUGCUCAAUUAUGUGUCCUGGGGACUAGGACAGCCUCGGCCAAUCAGCAAAGAGCCCAAAUGUGUCCAAAUAUCCGCCUCAAAAGGUGACUGGUCAGACCAGAAGUGUCACGUUGAUCUUCCAUAUGUGUGUAAGAGGGUGAAUGUGACGGGUACCAUCCCUCCUACACCCGCUCCUCCUCUCAUACCUGCUGGCUGUCCCCAGGGCUGGAGUCCAUUUCUACACAAGUGUUAUAAGGUGUUUGGAGAGGAGCUGUCGAGUCGUAGCACUUGGGAAUCUGCCUCCAAGACGUGUCUGACACAUGGAGCCACGCUAGUGACAGUGCCAAACCACAAGGUUCAGGCGUUCCUUGUGACUCUGCUGCCCAACAGUAGUUUCCAUGUAUGGGUGGGGCUCACUUCAGAAUCACAGGCUCAGUUCAGGUGGUUUGAGCCCGGGUUUCUUGGCUACACUAACUGGGCCCCUGGAGAACCAGUAGACAACAGACAACUGAAAAGCCCGGGUAACUGCAUAGUGCUUCUCCAUGGUAGUCCUCCCCGGGUGAUGGGCAUGUGGGCGUCUCGCAGGUGUGAUGCAGAGAAACACGGCUUCAUCUGCAUGAAGGAUAAAGACCCUGCCUUUCCCCCUGCCGUGGACCCUCUCCCCCCAUUAUUAGGUAUCCCAUUAGAAUUUGGUGGCGUGCAGUACCGGCUCUUGCAGAGGCCUCUAGACUGGAGUGGAGCUCUGGGCUUGUGUGAAUCCGUUAAUGGAACACUGGCAGCGGUACGGGAUCCUCGGCAGCACGCCUACCUCACCCUCCUCCUCAGCACGCUCCGCAAACCCGCCUGGAUCGGACUACACAAUGAUGGGGCUCGGAGCUACACGUGGUUGGGCGAAGAGGAGCUGACAUUCAGUGACUGGCGGGAUGGAGAGCCUAAUCAAAUGUAUGGAUGUGGUUAUAUGACUGUGGAAGGCCAGUGGACGGUGGCUGCUUGUAAUACAAAAUUAAACGCUGCCAUCUGUGAAAUUAACACAGAGAGAACGAUAGAGCACAGGUGGAUGUAUCCCGGUUUAUGCCCACAGCCUGUAGGUAAUUGGUCCUGGGUUCCUUUCAGAAAUCACUGCUACUCGUUCAUCCUCCACGAGCUACAAUUUAAACAUGAGGCCAUACGCAUGUGUAACAAAGCGGGCGCUAAACUGCUGUCAAUAUUAGAUGAAAACGAGAACAGUUUUGUAUGGGAGCACAUGCAGAGUUUUCAACAACAGGCCCACGGCGCUUGGCUUGGGAUGAUCUUUAACUCCAAAGAGGGCAGUCUGGAGUGGUCAGACAGUCAAGGAGUGGACUACAGUAACUGGGAGCAGCAGGACGCUAAUCUGAGCAUGCUCUCCGCCAACAGCUGCUUCUGGGUUCAGAGCAACACAGGCCUCUGGAGGCCAGGGUCCUGCAAAAACCGCACACAUGGAGUCAUCUGUAAACGACCACGAGGACCCACAGCAGAACCUGUAGCCCACUCCGAGGUCGAUCAUCUCCAUGUAUUAAUUCAAGUCCUGGUUGCAGCGCUCGUUCUGAUUGCUCUGGUGGUGGGCGGGAUUUAUCUGUAUCGUAGGCGGAGCUUCGGCUCCACUGGCGCCUAUGAGAGCGCUCGGUACAGCCGCACUAACUCCAACCCCUCCGAAGAAGCAGAAAAAAACAUUCUCGUUUCAGACAUGGAGUUAAACGAACAGGGCGAAUAAUGCUGGAUAUGUUCGAACUGAUUCGAAACACCUAGGAAAACAAAUCUGCUACGGCAGCAACUGACUGAGAGAAUUUACGUUUAAGGAAAAAAAUGAGCUGCGGUUUUGUUUUUGUGUUUAUUUUUCCAGAGACAUUGAAAGAGCUGUGUGGAGCGCAGCAGAUGAUCGACCAAAAAUCAACAGAGGCGAAACUCUUUCACAUCCAUCUAAACCUGUCAACCAAUCAAAUUCCACCAUCUCAGAGGAGCUGUUUGGAUUGGCUAGUGUGGAAGAUUUUUUUUUUGUUUGUUUUUAUUCAGAAAUCCAAUUUAUAUGCAUAUUUUUUCAUGUCCUUUAUGUAAUAGUUAUUCUUUAGUGCCAAAAGGGAACAAAGUCCCCCCGGAAAAAAAUCACAUUGACUUGAGAGCGCACAAACUACAAGGUAACACCACAACAGUAUUUUUUUAGACUGUGACUUUUGAAGUUAUUUGUUGUGACUUUUUUGUUUCUGUUUUUUAAAACUUGUGCAGCUGAAUUUGAUGUUCUCUGGGUCAGAAUUCAGGUCCCUCAUGGAUCAAUCUGAAAAUGAUAAUCAUAAUAAUUACACAUCAAAUGAAACAAUGCUAUGUUUGAAGUUCAGUGGUGCGGAACCAAAAAAAAAAAGCUGCGGACAGAAAUAGACAGAUGAAAGUGCAUGAGAAUGAGCCUGUCACAAGCACCGCAGUAUCUCUCUCUCUAAUCACAUGGUGAACACAGAGCUGCCCAACAGGAAGUCUGACCUCACUGUAACGGUUUGCUUGAUCUCCGGUAUGAUGAGCUCAUGUAAAAGCUGAAUCCAAACAGUACAGGGAAUGAAACUUAAACUUUGUUCUUUUAUCUCUACUUUCUCUCGUUCUUUUCAGCUCUUAACUUUUCUCUAUUUUCUUGCCUUCCUUUUUUUUUUCUCCUUCGGCUCUUGGCAAGGCCUCGAGGUGAAACGGUGCUGUGGCCAGCUGUGGAAUGUCGAGUCAGCGAGUGGAGCAGAUCUGGAACCAAUCAGGAUGCAGGAGUGAUGAGGGCAAGGCAGGAGAGAGAGAGAGCGAGAGAGAGAGAGAGAGAGAGAGAGAGAGAGAGAGAGAGAGAGAGAAAUGAAGGUUGAAUGGGUUUUUCAAAAGGGGUUAAGGGAGGAGAAGAUGGAGAGAAGGAGACAGUACGAGGCGGGAUUUGCAAGAGAAUGGGACUUCUAGGUGAGCAGGAGUUACGGGAAGCGCUGGCAACUGAAAGGGGAGUUACGUUACUGCUCUCUGCUGGAUAUUUGCACAAAUAGCUUAUCUAAGAGUGUUUUUAGUGCUGUAGAUUGGUUGGUCAAAGAAAUCAAGUCAAAAUGUUAUUACAAAUGGGUUGCCAUUACAUUCUUUAUCCAUUUAUUUCUCAAGGUUUUAAGGAACAGUAUACAUUUUGUAUAUUGCUUUAAAGGAAUAGUUUAUCAGGCCAUCAAAGAUGUGGUGUUAGAUAAACAUCAGACCAGGUUUGGAGAAAUUUAGCAUUGUGGCACUUGCUCACCAGUGGAUCCUAUGCAGUGAAUGGGUGCCGUCAGAUUGAGAGUCCAAACAGCUGAUAAAAGCUUCACAAUAAUCCACACCACUCCAGUCCAUCGCUUAACGUCACGUGAAGUGAAAAGCUGCAUGUGGGUAAGAAACAACAAGACCUUUUUUAAGCAGAAUUAUGGACUGAGAAUUUAUAUCUGAGGUAGUGUUUUAGUUAAGUGUAAGAUAAUUAGAGCCCUGUGAUUUCCGCGAUGUGGAAACCGAGGACCGAAUCCAGUCAUAAAAGUGGAAUUUACUGUAUAAUGCAGAAUGUCAUGGAAUUUACUGAAUUUUGAAUGUACAUGGUGUUCACUGUUUUUUAGCUUCUGUCGCCUCAAAAUAUGAGUACGUAAACGCAUGAACACAAUCUCUAGAUCUGCUCUGAGAGUCAUUUCAUGAGCAUUUUUCUGUUCCUUGUGAGAAAAACUAUUGUCACAUCAUAUACAAACAGAAACUUAAGGGUCAAAAUAAAAGUUUGGUUUAACUUGAAGAAACAGUGACAGAAAUAUAUUACUUAAUGUAAUGAUACUACUACUACUACAAUACAAAUAAUACAAUUAUUAUUAAAACAUUUUUUAAAGAAUAUUUACCAGAAAAAUGCAGUAUUUCUGAAUAAAUAAAUAUAUAUAUAUAGAAAAACAUUUUUAAUCAAUUUAUUGGAGAUGCUUUUGAUUAAAACAGUUGAGUUAAACCAUAAAAUGGAAUCCAGAAAAAUAAAAGAAAACAAUUUAGAAAAAAUAAAACUGCAUUUGAGAAAAAAAUGAAACAGAUUUCAUAGGGCCUUAAAAAUGUAAUUUUUGUUCAACUGUUUAUAAAUUGAUGAUAAAUUGUAUACUUUUCAUGAUUUCAAUUAAUUAGACAUGCUUUUUGAUUAAAAUGAGAGAAAGCAGAAUUUGGGAAAAAGUAAAACAAAUUUCAUAAGCCCCUAUAUAAUGAUGAAUUUAUUCCUUACAAACACAGAUUUUCGCUUCACAAAAUAUUACUUGAUGGACUGGAAUCGUGUUGAUACUUAUUUUUAUAUUCUGACGGCACCCAUUCACUGUAGAAGAUCCAUUUGUUAGAUAAACUGCUGCAUGUCAAAAGCUACAUUUCUCCGUAUCACCAAAACUCAUCUACAUCGUCGGUGGCCUGAGGCUAAAUACAUUUUAAGCAUUUUUUUUUGUUGUUUUUGGGUCUAUUCUUUAAGAUUGUAAGUAGCGAUUGCCUGAUGACAGGGUUUGUCGGUGGUUACUAUGUUUUUUGUGCAUUUCUAUGCAGUUGCUUAUUCAACAGAGCUCACCUCCAAGUUCCUAUGAUAGUCUAAUAGUUUAUUAUUUAGGCUUAGGAGUUUAUUUAGAUCCCUACGUAUGAGGAAUAAUAAUAGUCAUUCUUGUUUUAGCAAACACCACUAAUAAUCCGUAACCAGUGCUUCCAUAUAUCCGUACUAACUUUACUCGCAAGCCUGUUUUUAGAGAGCUAGGUGGCACCAGUUCAGCACUUAUAGACUAUUCUUCACUUUAAACUUUCUUGCUCACUGUUAAAACUUCAUUUUUGCUUAGUAUUUCAUUUUGUAGGUUUUGUAUGAGAUGGCCUGUAAUAUGUCCAUGCAGUUAAUCUUAGCAUAAGUAAUAUGGUUAUUUCUCAGCUGUGAAAUGACACGUUUGACUAUAACCAUAAAGAUCAUACAGAGCAUCAGAUUAUAUGAUUUUACCAUAUACAUAGGCUGUGAUGUCACACACAGGCGUCAGGACAUUUGCACAUGCGCUUAUGCAAUAAUCAUUCUUAAGAUUUGUGAAACAGUGUGAGUGGUUCGGAUUGAAUUAGCCUUCAACAAAUAGAGAACGGGAAACUUUUUAUGACUGAAUGAUAGAUAGAAAGAAAUGAAUCAUCUUCAGUCCCUGUGAAGACAAUGAAAAAUGUUUGUUUUAUGUUUUUUUGAAUAUUUUGUUUUAUGAAUUUGCUUAAAAAAAAAAGAAUAAAAAAAUGUUUGCUAUGUGACUGCUAGAAAAAAAAAAUGUCUGUCUUGAGAGUAUCCAGAGUUAUGCAUUUCAGCGAUUCAGAAAAUAGAAUGAUAUUUUGUAACUUUACAUGAAUACUUGUAAAAUGUGGAUGUCCAAAUCUGUUUGAGCAAUUGCACUAAACAGUAUGUGUCGCUAGGGGGCAGAGAUGGCGUUUAAAUAUUCUCAUCAAUAAUGAAGGACGGGAUGGAAAUGUAUCCUUGAGUUUUCAUCAGGGUUUAUGAAUAUAUAUACACUACCGUUCGAGUUUGUGGUCAGUGAGAUUUUUUGAAAGAAAUGAACACUUGUAUUCAGAAAGCACGAAUUAAAUUGAUUAAAAGUGACUGUAAAGACAUUUAUAAUGUUACAAAAGAUUUCCAUUUCAAAUAAAUACUGUUCUUUUCAACUUUAAGUUCAACAAAGAGUCUUGGAAAAAAAAAAAACAGCUCAACUGUUUUCUAUAUUGAUAAUAAUAAAUGUUUUGUGAGCAGCAAA